AAUGUAGACAGGAAAGAGUUUGUUUGUCGUUGCGUCACUGCCAAGGCUUCUAACAGGGAUCACGUCUCAUUUGACACAAAGAAAUGGGAUGGUUUUGCUAAGCUUGUAUUUGUUUAGCUCUAUGGGGUUAGGGCAUAGGAAGAGCAAGAACCAGGAUCAGAUUGGUGAGUCAACAAACUAUGUCCAACCACAGAAAGGUUCACAGUACACAUGAACAGUGACCCAGUUUUACCACCAGUCUUGAACUGGAUUAGACAGUUGGGUUCUCCUGCUUAGUGUCAGUAGUGGAUCAGGACCUAGAUCCACCUGUGACCUAGAGGGUCACUUUGAUCCCCUGCACUACAUUCAAUUUCAAUUAAGUUUUAUUCAUAUAUCGCCAAAUCGCAACAACGUUAUCUCAAGGCACUUUACAAGGUAGGGUUUAGACCUUACACGACUAUGCGACUAUGCGUCCCCCACUUGGCUCACGUGAUUUUACGCAGUAGGGCGCAAUUGUUUCAGUGCUCUAGACGAGAUUUUAUGCCCUUCUCCUCUGCUCCGGGCGCCUACACACAUGGUUUGAAGGCGCGCGCCCCCCCCAGCAGGUGCCAUUCUCAUACUCAUUCUCAUUCCAUAGAGAGAUAUAGCUGAGUAUUAUCUGCAUAACAGUGAAAGUUAAUAGAAUGCUUCCUAACAAUCUCACCUAAAGGAGACAUGUAUAGACUGAACAGAACUGGACCAAGCACAGAACCCUGUGGUACUCCAUAGCUAAUCCUUGUGCAUGUGGAGAAUUUGUCAUUAACAUGAACAAACUGGAAUCUGUUCAACAAAUAGGAUUUAAACCAUCCCAGUGCUGUUCCUUUAAUUCCGAUUCUAUGUUCUAGUCUCUGUAAUAGAAUGUUGUGAUCAAUUGUAUCAAAUGCAGCACUAAGAUCUAACAGGACAAGGACAGAGACCAGACCAUUGUUUGAAGCUAGGAGAAGAGUAUUAGAGACUCUAAACAGAGCUGUUUUUGUGCUAUGAUGUUUUCUAAAUGCUGACUGAAAACCUUACAGGUUAUUCCCACUCAGGUGGUCAGAUAAUUGUUUAGCUACAAUUUUUCAAGAAUCUUAGAAAUAAAGGGUAAAUUUGAAAUGGGCCUAUAGUUGGCCAGUUCCUCAGGGUCCAGAGUAAUUUUUUUCAAUAAAGGUUUGACUACAGCCACCUUAAAAAACUGUGGUACGUAGCCUAAAUGUAAAGAUUGGUUGAUUUGAUUUAAUAUGGACGAGCUGAUUAAACGACUUGGAAGAGUUGAUUAUUGAGGUUAACUCCAUAUGAGUUAUGGGGAAGAAGCUGUCUAUGUAAGACAGAGGACUUGGUAAAUUUAAAGUUGAUGGAUCUAGAGGGUGAUUUCUGUCAUUUGGAGGAAGACCCUGAUCAAUGUUUUUUCUAAUGGUGAUAUUUUUAUUAUUAAAGUAGUUCAUAAAAUCAUUGCUGCUGAGAUUUAAGGGGAUAGUAGACUCAAUACAGCUAUGACUCUUUGUCAGCCUGGCUACAGUGCUGAAAAGAAACCUGGGGUUGUUUUUGUUUUCCUCAAUUAAGGAAGAAUAAUAUGUUUUCCUAGCAACUGUCCUUCCAUGCAAUGCAGUUUACAUUUAUUUUGUUGGAAUGCCACUGCCUUUCUAGUUUUGUUCUAAGUUUUACUUUGUUUUGUAAGAGGUUUGUAAUGUUUAUUAAAUUCUUGUAAGUCACUCCUCUUUGUUUGUGAUUUGUAUAGUUUAGGUGGUCGGGGAGCAGACACAGUCAGUCGAUAACUAAGACUAAGAGGGGGUGGCGGCUGUAGAGAACAUGCAGAGAGGCGUGUAAGACUGAAGCUAAGAGAAGAUCACUAGUGACGCAAACCAGAGCUGUUUCUGUGCUAUGAUGUUUUCUAAAUCCUGACUGAAAAUCUUUGUACAGGUUAUUCCUACUCAGGUGGUCAGAUAAUUGUCUGACUACAAUCUGGAGAUAAAGGGUAAAUUUAAAAUGGGCCUACAGUUGGUUAGUUCACUAAGGUCCAGCCACCUUAAAAGCCUGUGAUACAUAGCCUACAUGUAAAGAUUGGUUGAUUCAAUUUAAUACAUGGUUUCACUGGGUCUAUGUACGUACGAAUUGUAUGUGUUUUUCCUCAGAUCAGAGUCAGCUCAGGAUGAACUGAUGGAACAUUGCUGCUGUUGCUGAAGACGUUUCAGGGGAGCGGAUGUAGGUUAAUCCAUCAGAUUAGUCUGUUGGCGUUUAAUAGAUUAGCUGUGUGCACUUAGUCUUGUCCAUCAGUCGACAUGUUGCACAGGAGGAACGUGGGUCUGCUUUCAGGUAAGUCCUUUUGUUUUAUUGAUUCUGAUUUUUCAUUCUUUGAUCCAACCACAGUCUGGAUCUACAAACCAAGGGUUGGUGUUUCAUUCUGAUUGAGGAGCCCAAUAGAAGCAACGGCGCAGUCUGAUCCUGCAGGGUUCACUCUGAACUGUUUCAGACUGAUCUGAAGCACGUGGUGUGAUUUGAGUUUUUUGAGACUGAUCAAACCCUGACACCAGUCCACCAGAGGGUCACAUGACUCACUGAAGACUCACCUGAGCUCUGUUCUAUGUGAUUUAACAGCUUAGAGUUUAUUAGUGUUGGUAAUUUACCUAAUCCUGGAUCUGUUAGUUCUUCCAGCGUAAGGUAAAGCUUGUUAAACCCAGCAUCAAGAUUCUAACAUACAUUUGUUGAACAACCCUGAAUUAAUCACCGGUGUGUUCAUGGAUAAUGAGCAGAACAACAACAUAAACGUAGAGAGGAGUCACAUGGUUGCUCAGUGUAGGUAGGGUCAGAAACCACAAUGUUACCGUAGCAACAGUAGCAACUGUCUUUAGUGUGUCACUGCAUCAAACUUUCUAUCUAAAAGCACAAUAAAGUACUGUAAUAUGUAUUUAAAAUAUGGCCUUUGUAGCAGACAUGAGUCUCGUGUGGUUGUUCAUCUCAACGCUGUGUCAUUGUCAGUGCUGCUGUUUGCUUCAGCAUCAGCCUUCGUGGAGGAGCUGGACAACUCGUUCAUGAAGACGAAAGCAAAAGACGAAAUCUGGCUCAUUACAUUCUACGCCCCCUGGUGCACUAUGUGUAAACAUCUGGACCCAGUGUGGCAUCAAAUUGGUUCAGAACUGAAGAGUCUUGGUUCUCCGGUCAACGUCGGCCAAUCAGAUGCCACUGUCAACAACGAUUUAUCCAAAGAGUUCCGGGUCAGAAAUUACCCGGCCAUUCUCAUGUUGAAGAAAGGCGUAAAAUAUAAUUAUUCAGGACCCAGAACCAAAGAGGGGAUCCUGGACUUUGCUGACCGAAUUGGAGGGCCGCUGGUUCGAUCCCUGUACAGUCUGCAGCUUUUCCAACACGCCAUGAGCCGCCACAAUAUCCUGAUUGUUUAUGUUGGAGCCACAUCACAGCUAAAGGAAAACUUCACUUCUGCAGCUGAGGAGCUGAUUGUCCACACUUACUUUUUCUCCUGUUCCAGAGAUGCUCUGCCAAAGAACGUGUCUCUGCCAUCCUUACCAGCUGUGGUGAUUUUUAAAGAUGGGACCUUCGUCAUCUACAACGAGGAACGUGAUGGAGACCUGAAGAUGUGGGUGAACAGAGAACGCUUCCCAAACUAUUCCAAGAUAGACAGCUACACCCUCUAUGCCAUGGGAGAGUCAGGUAAACUGGUGGUGCUAGCUGUUGUGCAGGAGAAGAUCCUGUGUGAGCAAAGUCUAAGGUACAAAGCUCUGGUUGAGAGAGUGGCGGCAGACCACAGAGAGGCCUAUAACAGAAACUUCUACUUUGGAUUCAUGGAGGGAAGUGACUACAUCAAUGGACUGGUGAUGAGUGAGGUCACUAUGCCAACAUUCAUCAUGCUCAAUCUCUCCAACGACGGCUACUUCCUGCCACCAGGUGCUUUGGAGACAGAGCAACACCUGCUGGACUUCCUGGAUGGUGUUUUGGACGGUAGCAUCCAGUGCCAGGGAGGAAAUGGUGUUGGUCAGCGCGUCAGACGCAUUAUUUACGAUGUGAAGGUCACGCUGACGCCAAUCUUCAGCCAAGCUCCGUUGCUGGGUUGCGCCCUGUUUGGUUUACCACUCACCAUUAUUGCCACGCUCUGCUACCUCUGCUGUAGGGUUCAACCCACAGUGAACGAUGAUGACGAUCAGGGCAUCGCACUGCUGGCACCGUCGCUGCAGCACCGCAAAAAAAUAAGAAAUAAGAAGUCUGACUAAUAAAAAGGACUACGCUCAUCCAGCAAGACUGUGCUUCGCACUCCUUCACAACAUAAAUAUUAUCAUUACUUAACCGUAACUGUUACCUGUCCAUGUGAACUAAAAUGUUCCUUAAAAAUACUGCUUGUCAAACUGGACGUACCUGCAGAACUUUGGCCCAGUCAGGUAGUGACUAUCUGUCUGCGUCCACAGUACAAUCAUAAAACACAAUUUUACACAAACACAAAAUCAAACUUGGCUUGGCUUUAAAUUACUUAGAACUAUAGUUAUGAUAGUCUGUAGUUUGUGUUACCUUAUGGUAUAAGUGUAUAUAGCUCUUAUAUCAUUGUAUACUCAAAUAAAAGGAACUCUGAACAGAGG